GCGCAGCCGCCACGCUUAUCCUCAACCAGAAUGGGGGCCAGGGGGAAGAGGCGCAGCCGCAAAGAGGUGCAGCCGCCACGCUUAUCCUCAACCAGAAUGGGGGCCAGGGGGAAGAGGCGCAGCCGCCACGCUUAUCCUCAACCUGGGGGUCGGGAGGUGCAGCCGCGACGCUUAUCCUCAACCUGAAUGGGCGGUCGGGAAGCGCAGCCGCCAGGCUUAUCCUCAACCUGGGGGUGCAGCAGUGCAGCUGCCACGCUUACCCUGAACGGGAGUCGGGAAGCGCAGACGUCACGCUUAUCCUCGACCUGAAUGGGGCACAGCCCGAAGAAGACGGAGGCGCGGACGAGGCCGGAGCGUUUAUCCUCAACCAAGAUGGGAUUCCAGGUGCGUGGUCUCACAGCCCGAAGAAGACGGAGGCAGGGACGAGGUGCGUGGUCUCACAGCCCGAAGAAGACGGAGGCGCGGACGAGGCCGGAGCGUUUAUUCUCAACCAAGAUGGGGUUCCAGGUGCGUGGUCUCACAGCCCGAAGAAGACGGAGGUGCGUGGUCCACAGCCCGAAGAAGACGGAGGCGGGGAUGAGGUGCUCAGUCUCAAGCUGAACGAAGCUGGAGGCGGGGACCGGGACGAG